GGACAUUUGUGGUGGACAUCCAUGAGAUUAUCAACAACAAUAAUACUGUCACUAGCAAUAACGGUCACUAUACAUGCAGCGCUUUAUGACCGGGCACUGACGUUUAAGGACAGACUGAGAUAUUUUCCAUCAGGCACAUUAAAUCAUCCUGAGGAGAGAACCACGAGUGGCAUCCUGCAAUUCAAAACAGGAAACGAAACAGGAGGUAAAAUGCUUCACUGUAAAAUCAAGACUGAGAAAACAGAUGCUGGAGCUCGAAACCGCCUUGAUGCAGUAUUGCAAGGUCUGGUUGAGAGGAGUGACAGUGAGAGAGAGCAGAAUGAAGAGGAUUCUGGGAAAAUGGUGGCAGACUCUUUGAGCAAGGAUUUGUCGCCUUCUUCUGCAGGGAAAAGACCAUCUUCACGAUUCCCACAACACAGAAGGAAGAAGCGUAAAGAGAUGGAUGAUGGUCUGGCAGAAACCAACCAGCACAAACAAAAUGCUUAUAUUAUCAAGUUAUUUGACCGCAGUGUGGACUUGGCUCAGUUCAGCACCACCACACCCCUCUAUCCCAUUUGUCGGGCGUGGAUGAGAAACAACCCAUCUAUGCGAGAGAGAACAGCACCCAGCCCCCCUCACAGCUCUGGGGAGGACGAGAUGACUGACAUGCUGAAUGGCAAAGUACAGAACGUGUACAGACUUCCUCCACCUGUUUCCUGUCCAGUAGGUUCAGCUGGUGAACCUGUCAAUCUCAGAAUUCCACCUGUAGAGAAACCUACAGAGAGCCAGUCCGUAGAUGCUGCAGCAGGCACCUCACCUCUUAUCUUCAAUCACAUCAAACGCUGGAAGAAAAUUAGACAGAAGUGGAAGGAGGCUUCCAGUAAGAACCAGCUGAGAUACAGCGAGAGCAUAAAAAUCCUUAAGGAAAUGUAUGAACGUUAGAUCACAUACAUCACUAGUGCAUCUGAAGAAAAGGAUGUCCAGGCAUGAAGCCUACAAGGAGAGUGAAAUAAUUAAACCAAAAUUUUGAAUUGAGUUGAACUAAAUGAUUUUGUAAUGUCUUUAUUUUUCUCUUUAAAUACAAAGUUACGAGAACUUCAAAUAAAUCUUACAGUACUGAAAA